CACAAUUACUAUAUAAUUAAAUUUUUAUAUUUCUCACACAUGAAUAAUGGAAAGCGACUAUGCUUUGAUAAGGACGUCCGUACAUUGUCCCCUUACGGCAAAACGAUUCUAUUCGCGUUUUCGAAGCACGGUCGAAUCUUCUUCGAGGCUGCGAACGAUUCACGAAGGUAAUCGCGAAAUAUCGUGUCACUGACCCGUUAUAUUAUUUGAGAACACUAUAGGAAUUCUUGAGCCACAGUUAAGGUUAAGGUCAAGGUUGUUCGGUCUAUUAGCUGGAUCGAUACUUCGAUAAUUAGUCGAUGCGGGAACGAUUUCUAUUUUACGGGUCGAUGUCACAAAAUGCGAUUGUUGCACAGUUUUAAAAAUCGCGUUGUGCAGAGUGGUUGGUUUUGCAGCUUCGUAUCUUAAAAUAUUUUUAAUAAUUAUUAACGCAGUGACUGCCACGCGAGUUUUAUGCAUGUAUCUUAUCCUGGGAGCCACAAUAGAUUGAGAUAUACUCUACUAUAACAUUCAUUUUUGGAAAAUAUAUUAUAUUUGCUGAUUUUUUUUGAUAAUGUCAUCUAAAUCAUUCACAUCUUUGAAAAUAUUUUAGCCUAUGAAAGUUAUCUUAUUUUAAUCAGUUUACAAAAUAUAAUAAAACGUGAAUAAUUUGUUACUUCAAUUUGUUUAACUGUCCAUAAGUGUAUCUUUUAUAUAUGAUAUAUCAAAUGUUUUUGAAAAAAUGAAUGAAGAUUGAUGAUUAACAGAUACUAUUAAGUGAUACUUGAGGUAGUUCAAAAUGAGUGCAUGACACUCCCAUAAUUGAAAAAUUCAUUGAAAAACCAAUGCUUUGAAUUUUAAUUUGCUUCCAACAGAAAUAUUAUGCGAUAUAACUGAUAAACGAUCGCACGUACUCUUUUACGUCGUAAUUCUCAGAUAUUUGAAAUAUAUCGUUGCAAAAGAGUUGAAAUUAUCGAUGUGUGUAUAUGUGUCUGUGUCAUAGCAACCAUUAUUGAAAUAACCGCGUAUCUAGUAACGAUUUAUAUAUAGGAUGAUAUAACAACUCGGUGAUGCUUCUCGUCAUUAAGAUGCUUAGAAAUGAUAUAGAAUUUCAUGUUGUAAUUUGAAUCAUCUUUUACAAAACUACUUGUAUUAAUUCAUCCAAUUAAAGAGUAAGAUGCGAGGAAAGAGUAAAAAGAAAAUGGCCAAAAAUAAUGGCAAGAAUGAAAAGAAGGGUAGAAACGGCAAGCACAGCAAAAACAACAAUGGUGGUAAAAAUAAGGGAACAAAAAGGUCAAGAAAGAGUGGAGGAAGGGCAAAAUUUACUAUGGAUAUCUUUAAUGAAGAGGUCAUGGAAAAUGCUUAUUAUACUUGCCAUAAUAUUAUGGAUGUAUUGAAGUGUAGAGGAUUCCCUUGGCCUGAAGCACAAAAGAAGAAGAAGAAGAAGAAGAAGGGGAGGAAGUGAAUAAUAAUCACCUAAAAUGACCAGAUAUUUGUAUGA